AUGCCGAAGACCGACACAGAGUCCCGCCCCACGCUGCCCAGUAUCCAGGAUUUACUGUCUGAUCUGGAGUUUGACAAGCUCCGUUUGCAAUCCGUAGACAAACGGUCAAGAGUGACCUCAAUGGUGAAUCUUACGUCGUCGCAUCCACAAGUUCACGAUGCAGAACUUCACUCGCGCAAUGCGCCAUCACCCAGGCAGCACCGCCAAUUCCGCUCUGGAUCCCCACACUCCCCUAAAAUCCAGCGCGCCGUCACAGCUCGCGGUGCUCCAUACACGAACAUCCACCCGAUAUCCUCGCCCCCCCACGCAGAUAUUGCAGGGAAGGCGUUCGAGGACCAUCUCCCUGGUAUCCGCAAUGCGCGCCUCAUCAAGGCCUAUCCCCCACACGCUCUGAGUUCUGGUCGUAGUCCUAGCGCAUCUCAAAUUCUCGCUGGGUUGGAUCUCCCCACAUAUGUCCUUUCCCCCGAUCAGUGUCCACCCGACGAUGACCGAAGGCAUGGCUGCGGCAUCUGUCACCGAAGAUUCAAUAGGCCCAGCAGCUUGAUGAUUCACAUGAACUCGCACACCGGAGCCCAGCCAUUUGAAUGUCCCUUCCCGGGUUGCACGCGUCGCUUCAGUGUCAACUCCAAUAUGCGGAGGCACUACAGGAACCACCGCGAUGGUGCAGCUGUUCCUCCCCAAGUCCAGUCAUACGUCCCUUCCUACUACCGUACCCCAGUACCGUCAUGUUCCUACUACGGCGGCGCCAGCUGCUCUUCCUCUUCGCCCCCUUCUUCGCCGGCGCACACUGACCAUGAUCACUUCGACGCUGAAAUCGAAAAGCCGGAGGACAAUCGCUCCCUCGGGCGGAUUCGAUCGCGCUCGGACGCGCUUCCUGCCGCUCAUGACCGCCCGGCGUCGCGACCGCGCUCCUGCACUUUUACCGGCUGCAACUGCAGCGAGGCCCCCGGCGCGCUUCGCCCCACAUUUCAAUAGGGAGCCUCCGCCCUCCUAUCACCCGGUUGCCCCUGAGCGUGCCCGAGGUUCUUGGGCGCUGUGAGAAGCAGGAAGUCUCACGGCAGUGGCUCGUGGGCGUCGCAGAACGCCGCGGAAGAAGAAAGGAAGAUAAAUCGAACCCCUCGUACUUUAUCUGACUCGGGUUGCACCGCAGUCUUAGUUCGCUACACGUUCCUUCUUUCAGUUGAAUUAUCC